AACAAAUGAUGAAUGGUUCGAAAUUUUGUUAAUUUUGUUCUUUUCCCCCUCUCUCGAUUAUCUCGAUGAUCCCAUUACAGAUUAAUUUUUGAUUGUUAUCUUCAAUGUUUUUGCUGUUGUGACAAAACACCAUACACACACACACUCAACAUUCGAAUGUCCAUUUUUUAGUUGUUUCGAAAAUCAUGAAUGUUUGUUGAAUAAAUAAUAAUCGUUUAUUGUCAUUGUCAUCAUCCUUGUUAUUGUCAUUUGGAUUGGUCAUUGAAUUAUUAUUUCGGAUUGCCAUCAAAUGCAAUCAUCAUCAUCUUCGAAGACGGCUGCUUCGGAUGCCACCGCAUCAUCAACCAUUGAUACGAUUUUUAUCGAUGACAACACCGGAACAAUGAAUGAAAAUAUUCGAAUCAAAAAUAUUGAUGAUGAUGAUGAUGAUGGUGAUGAUGAUAUCUGUCUUGAACAACAUCCAACGACCAUCAAUAAUGAUAAUGAUAAUGAUGAUCAACGAAAUGAAUCAACAAAAAAAGUAAAGAAAAAAUCAUCAAAUUUUGAUCAAAAAUGUUCAACGACGACGACGAUGAUGAUGGAUGAUGAUGAUGAUUUGAUUGUGCCAAAUGUAAACAAAAAUUGUGAUAUGAAUACGAGUGAUACAAAUCAAACAACAACAACAACAAAUUUCAAUAAUAAUAAUAAAGACAAUGUACAAUUUGACCAUUCGAAGCCAUUGUUGUCAUUAUCAUCGGACCAACAACAUUCUUCUUCUCUUUGUGGUAAUAUUGUUGAUUCCAACAUACCUAUCAUUCAAUUUGCCCAAGAUGAUGAUGAUGAUAAUGAUGAUGUCUGCGAAGAACGAAGACCAUUAUUUGUAACACCACCACCAAUAACUGAAGAAGAAAUGCUUGAUGGUUGUUUAGGUGCUGAUGGUUUUCUUUAUGAAAAAUCAUUACUUUUUGAACAUGAUCCGUUAAUAUCAGCUGCAGGUGGUGGUGGUGAUGGAACAGCUAUAGCCAUAACGAUACAGGAUAAACCCCUAUCAUAUCAUCGUGUUAAUUCAUCAGAAAUUUUAUAUGAAAAAAAACGACGAAAAGUAAAAUUUGUAUCGAAAUAUUUGCUGGGUGAUGUUGUUGGUGAAGGUUCCUAUUCAAAAGUAAAAGAAGUACUUGAUACUGAAACAUUAGAACGUCGUGCAGCAAAAAUUAUGAAGAAAAAACGUUUAAGAAAAAUACCGAAUGGUGAACAAAAUGUACAACGCGAAAUACAAUUGUUACGAAAAUUAAAUCAUGAAAAUCUUGUCAAAUUAUAUGAUGUUAUUUAUGAUAAUAUUAAAGAAAAAAUGUAUAUUAUAAUGGAAUAUUGUGUUGCUGUAUUACAAGAACUUUUGGAUUCAGUACCAGAUACAAAACGAUUUCCCAUACAUCAAGCACAUGGCUAUUUUGUACAGCUAGUCAAUGGUUUAGAAUAUCUACAUAGCCAAGGUAUAAUACAUAAAGAUAUUAAACCGGGUAAUUUAUUAUUAACAAAUGGUGGUGUUAUUAAAAUUACUGAUCUUGGUGUUUCGGAGAUGUUGGAUCAAUUUCAACAAGAUGAUAUGAUAUCAACAAGUCAAGGAUCACCUGCAUUUCAACCACCAGAAAUUGCUGAUGGUAGAGCUAAAUUUAGUGGUUUUAAAGUUGAUAUUUGGGCUUCAGGUGUUACAUUGUUCAAUAUAACAACCGGGAAAUAUCCAUUUCAAGGUGAUAAUAUUUAUAGACUAUACGAUAACAUAAGCAAAGCCGAAUUAACAAUACCAACCGAAAUGGAUUAUCUAUUAUCCGAUCUGGUCAAAUCAAUGUUAUGUAAAGAACCGGAUGAAAGAAUUUCUAUUCAACAAAUCAAACAACAUGAUUGGGUACGAAAAAAACAUCCACGUAUUGAACAACCAGUUCGAAUACCAUGUAAAACUGGUGGUGAUGAAUUACGUUCAAUGUCCGUUUUACCAUAUUUAUGGCAAUUACAUAAUAAUAAUAGUUAUGAUGAUGAUGGCGAUGAGGAAUUAGAUAAUAUCAUUGAUGGUGAUGAUGAUGAUGAAGAAUUUGAAUAUGCAACUGUUUCAGCAUCCGAUACAACUGAAUGGUCAAAUUCACGUAUGAAUGAAUUAACAGUAAAUUCAUUUGUAUCGAAUGUAUCACAUACAUCAAAACAAUCACGUACAUCUACUUUAUCAAACAAUCUGGCAUCAUUAUUUAAAUUACAUAAAUCAAAAUCAGCACGUAGUCAAACGACGACCGGUUUCGAAGCAUUAACACGUACAAAUCGUUUUCUUAAUUGUUUAGGUUUACGAUCAACGCACAAAUGAAAAUAAAAUAACGUUAAUAAAAAUGAAAAAAAUAAAGAAUUAAAGAUUAAUCAACGAUUCA